CAGAGGAAGCCAUUUUGAGGCUUUGUAGUUUGGAAUAAUCCAGGUUUUAUCUUGAUUGCAUAGCCCUGGUGGCACAGUAGUUAAGAGCUACGGCUGCUAACCAAAAGCCCAGCGGCUUGAAUCCACCAUCCGUUCUUUGGUAAUCCUAUGGGGCAGUUCUACUGUGUCCUGUAGUGUUGCUAUGAGUCCGAAUCGACUUGACUGCAGUGUGUUUUUGGUUUAUCGUGGCUGCAGAUGUCACUUAGUUCCUCUCCGCUAAGGCCUACUCCAGAGUGUGUGAAGUAGAGGACAUAUCGACAGUAUCUAAUUUUGAUACAUAUUUAUUUUGUCAUAGAAGAGUUGAGUUAUGCUUCAUCCAGGCCCUUUCUACAGAGUUGGCUCCAGGGACAUUUGGGAAAGAGGUGGGGUUGUUUGAGAGGCACUUUUUUUUUUUUGUCAAUUAAAAUAAUUUGCAUGCCUUACGUGGGCCAAGGCAUUCUGGCUUAGGUGGCAACCUCUUCGGCCAUCGUUCUUUCUUGUUAGCAUGGUAAAAUAUAUAUAACAAAACAUUUUCCAAUGCAAAAAUUUUUACAUGUACAAUCCAGUGACAUUGAUUACAUCCAUCAUGUUGCGUAGCCAUCACCACUAUUCUUUUCCAAAUUAUUCCUCCACCAUUAACAGAAACUCAGACGGGUAUCCCUUUUCAUGCCACCCCUACUUCCUAGGUGCCCUGGGCUCUCAGAAAGCCCCUGAACUUCCCAGAACCCCAGAGCAGACAGCACCUUUCUUAGGCUUAUGUGUUGACACCUGUGUCAGGGGGUUGCUUAAUUGUUGUACAGAGUUCAGCUAAGCUGUCAUACUUUGAGCACUGAGCUCCGCCAAGAGUUUAAUGAAAUGACUGCCUUCCAUUCUUUACAUUCGUGGAAGUUAGAUCUAGUGAGGGGAGAAAGCCUUGAAGAGGUCAUUGGUUCUGAGAAAGCAGAAGAAGGAACCAAGUAAUUCUAGAAGAAAGGGAUCAAAAGCGUUCUGGAGCAAGGUGUGCCUGAAUUGAAUUUUGGGAGAAUGAUGGGAAAUGGGAGCCCUGGUGGCACAGUGGUUAAGAGUUUGGCUGCUAGCCAAAAGGUCGGCAGUUUGAAUCCACCAGCUGCUCCUUGGAAAUGUGGAGUGCCUGGGUGAUGCAAACCACUAACGCAGGUUAACUAAAACAUUGGAGGUUCUAGUCUACCCAGAGGCAACACAGUAAAAAGGCCUGGCAGUCCACUGAAAAAGUCAUCCGUUGAAAACCUGUGGCCCACAGUUCUACUUUAGUACAUAUGAGGUUGCGGUGAGUCAGAAUCCCCUUGACAGCAACUGUUUCCCCCCCCCCCCCAAAUGGGAAAUGCAUUCUUCCAAAGAUGGAGCUCUUCUUGGGAGUUUUAGGCACACUGGACAGCCAGUUGACAAGUUAUUGGAGGGUGGUAACACUUGUUCCGAACAUGAGUUGGGUGCUUGCUGCAAAGCACUUCAUAUGAGUUAUUUUAUUCUUCACAGUAACCUCAUGAACCAGGUCUUAUGAAGAUAGAUCCUGUUUUACAGAGGGCACAACUGAGGCUUGUGGAUGUAAGAAACAGAACUGGGAUUGGACCCCAGAACUCUGACUCUAGAGCCUUUGCCCUGUGCCCUGGGUCUGUGCUGUGCCACAGAAUCGCAAUGAAAUAAAAAAUGGCGCUAUCCUUCGACUAACCACAUCUCCAGCUCAAAAUGCCCAGCAGCUCCACGAACGGAUCCAGUCAUCGAGUAUGGACGCCAAGCUGGAAGCCCUGAAAGACUUGGCCAGCCUUUCCCGGGACGUCACGUUCGCCCAGGAGUUUAUCAAUCUAGACGGCAUCUCUCUCCUCACCCAGAUGGUUGAAAGUGGCACCGAACGAUACCAAAAAUUGCAGAAGAUCAUGAAGCCUUGCUUUGGAGACAUGCUGUCCUUCACGCUGACUGCAUUUGUGGAACUGAUGGAUCAUGGCAUAGUGUCCUGGGAUACAUUUUCAGUGGCAUUCAUUAAGAAGAUAGCAAGUUUUGUGAACAAGUCAGCCAUAGACAUCUCCAUCCUGCAGCGGUCCUUGGCCAUUUUGGAGUCGAUGGUGCUCAAUAGCCAUGACCUCUAUCAGAAGGUGGCACAAGAGAUCACUAUUGGCCAACUGAUUCCGCAUCUUCAAGGGACAGAUCAAGAAAUCCAAACGUAUACCAUCGCAGUGAUAAAUGCACUUUUUCUGAAGGCCCCUGAUGAGAGGAGGCAGGAGAUGGCGAAUAUUUUGGCUCAGAAACAACUGCGUUCCAUCAUUUUAACACAUGUCAUCCGAGCCCAGCGGGCCAUCAACAAUGAAAUGGCACACCAGCUGUAUGUGCUGCAGGUGCUCACUUUCAACCUCCUGGAAGACAGGAUGAUGACCAAGAUGGACCCCCAGGAUCAGGCUCAGAGGGACAUCAUAUUUGAACUUCGAAGAAUUGCCUUUGAUGCCGAAUCUGAACCCAAUAACAACAGCGGCAGCAUGGAGAAACGCAAGUCCAUGUACACCCGGGAUUAUAAAAAACUUGGCUUCAUUAAUCACGUCAACCCUGCGAUGGACUUUACCCAGACUCCUCCUGGAAUGUUAGCCCUGGACAAUAUGCUCUACUUUGCGAAGCACCAUCAGGAUGCUUACAUCCGGAUUGUGCUGGAGAACAGCAGCCGAGAAGACAAGCAUGAAUGUCCCUUUGGCCGCAGCAGUAUAGAGCUGACCAAGAUGCUGUGUGAGAUAUUGAAAGUGGGCGAGCUGCCUAGUGAGACCUGCAACGACUUCCACCCGAUGUUCUUCACCCAUGACAGAUCCUUUGAGGAGUUUUUCUGCAUCUGCAUCCAGCUCCUGAACAAGACCUGGAAGGAAAUGAGGGCCACUUCUGAAGACUUCAACAAGGUAAUGCAGGUGGUGAAGGAGCAGGUUAUGAGAGCUCUUACAACCAAGCCUAGCUCCUUGGACCAGUUCAAGAGCAAACUGCAGAACCUGAGCUAUACUGAGAUCCUGAAGAUCCGCCAGUCUGAGAGGAUGAACCAGGAAGACUUCCAGUCUCGCCCAAUUUUGGAACUAAAGGAGAAGAUUCAGCCGGAGAUCUUAGAGCUGAUCAAACAGCAACGCCUGAACCGACUUGUGGAAGGGACCUGCUUCAGGAAACUCAACAGCCGGCGGAGGCAAGACAAGUUUUGGUAUUGUCGGCUUUCCCCAAAUCACAAGGUCCUGCAUUAUGGAGACUUGGAAGAAAGCCCUCAGGGAGAAGUGCCCCAUGACUCAUUGCAGGACAAAUUGCCGGUGGCAGAUAUCAAAGCUGUAGUGACGGGAAAGGACUGCCCUCAUAUGAAAGAGAAAGGUGCCCUUAAACAAAACAAGGAGGUGCUUGAACUUGCUUUCUCCAUCUUGUAUGACUCAAACUGCCAGCUGAACUUCAUCGCUCCUGACAAGCAUGAGUACUGUAUCUGGACAGAUGGGCUAAAUGCACUGCUGGGGAAAGACAUGAUGAGCGACCUGACCCGGAAUGACUUGGACACCCUGCUCAGCAUGGAAAUCAAGCUCCGCCUCCUGGACCUCGAAAACAUUCAGAUCCCCGACGCCCCACCCCCAAUCCCCAAGGAGCCCAGCAACUAUGACUUCGUCUAUGACUGUAACUGAAGUGGCCGGGCCAGAAGUGCCCCCUCCAAAACUGGAAAAUCUAGCUAGCUAACGGGAGAGAGGAAUGAAAACACGCCCACGCCUUGGGAUUCUCUUUGGGGAGAGGGAAGCUGUGGGUCAACACUUUCUUUGGCCUCACCUCUAACCCCAGCGAUUUUUUCCCCUACCUGGAGCGUUGCUCCCUUUGCUGAUUCUGUUUCUAGACUCCAUUGCUUUAGGUCACUUCCCAUGGCUGCGGUCCACGGGUGGGAAAAGAGCAAAACCCACCACCAAUAAGAGAGCCAAAGGGCCCUUCCAUCCUCAUCCCCCGAAAGCAGUUGUAUUCUCCCUCCCUGGAAUAGGAAAGCCAGCAGCAACAGACUGCCUGAGGCUUGACCACCAGACCUAGAGAGUGCUUCCAGGCCUGUCCCAAAGAAGACGGCCUGGCUACUUGAGAAGACCAGAUACCACCUCCUCCUUCCCCUUCUCUCUCCAGUCAGUUCACACAGCCAGUUUCAUCUGAACUGAGAUCUGCUUUCAAAUCGCCCACUGCCACCCUCCCCACCUUUGCCUCGUCCUGUUCCUCUUUGGUCUCAUCAUAGUCUUCAUCAUAGUCCUCUCCAGCAUUCGGUCCUCAAACAUACAGUCCACAGAUUCCAUACCCACUCGAGACUGUACUGUGACCACACCCAACCUUCCCUCCUUGCUACCUAGUCUUGGGUCUCCUCUCCCUGCCCCAGCCCAGACUUGCCUUCUUCAUUUCUGCGCCUCCUCACAGUCCCUUAGCUAAAAGCACAAAUGAUGAAAUCAGUAAUCAUGUUCCAUCUCUAAUAUACUAAACCUAAAUGCCUCUGUGAUGGGCUGUUGCUAUCAAGGGGUUGGUGUGACCUUCUCCUGGGGGGUCCUGCCGCAACACAGGUCCACAGGAUGGGCAAGCUGUCAAACAUCCACGUUUACAUCAUUGUGAUUAUUACAGGUAUUUACAAUCUGCAAUGGUUUGGGGUUGUAUUUUUUUUUUUUUUUUUGCUUUGUUUUUGUACAAAAGAGUCUAACAUUUUUUGCCAAACAGAUAUAUAUUUAAUGAAAAGAAGAGAUACAUAAAUGUGCAUACUUUCCAGUUUUUUUUUAAUUAUUUUAAUCCCAAGCAUCUUCCCUAGAAUAACAUUCCCUUAAACAUGCUGUGGAAUAAAAUUAAUUGUGAUGAGUUUGGAGCUGGUGUUUUGGUUGGAUAACAUGCUGUCGUUAUUAGUUGCCAUCAAGUCACCUCUGACUCAUACUGAGCUUACGUAUAGGAGCCCGAAACAUUGCCUGGUCCUGCUCCAUCCUCACAAUCAUUCAUAUGUUUGAGCCCAUUGUUACACCCACCAUGUCAAUCCAUCUCCUGGAGGGUUUCCCUCUAUUUUGCUGACCUUCCACAUUACCAAACCUGAUGACCUUUUCUAGCAAUUGCUCUUUCCUGAUGACAUGUUCAGAGUAAGCAAGACGAAGUCUCUCCAUCCUCACUUCUAAGGGGCAUUCUGGCUGUACUUUCUCCAAGACUGAUUUGUUCAUUCUUCUGCCAGCCCAUGAUAUAUUCAAUAUUCUUUGCCAGUACCACAACUGAAGUGUGUCAGCUCUCCUUUGAUCUUCCUUUUUUUGCUGUCCAGCUUUCCCAUGCACGUGAGGCAGCCGAAAAGACCAUGGCUUGGGUCAGGCACACCUUAAUCAUCAAAGCGACAGCUUUGCAUUUUUCUUGCUAUUCACUCAUCGGCAUGACGUGGGAGCCUGUUAUAAAUGCAGAAUCUUAAGUCACCUGAGACUGAAUCACAUGACUCGUGUGCAUAUUAAAAGUCUGAAAAGCCCCAAACUAGGAUGCUCUUGACCAUUGCUAGGUCACUGUAGGCUCAGAGCAUAACUAAAAAAUGUUAAUUCUAAGAAGACCAUCUCUCUCAUCAAGAAAAUCAUUAUGUGAAAAUAUGAUGUAUUCAUGUUACUCUGUUGUCUCCUGACCAUGACUUUCUCUCUUAUUUUGUUCCUCCUUAUCGUUAUAUAAUUAAUAGAACUGGUCAAAUUAUAAAUAUUUCACUACUUUAGGGAGUGCACUUAGCAAUGAAAAAGAAUGCAAACCCACAGGCCUGAAAUAAAUGAAGCCAGAGUGAAAUAAAUCUAAUUAUGGGUUAAUAAAAUGUGGGUCAGAGCCCAGCAAUGGAUUCUUUUUUAGGUCAUUUUCAAUGGAGGCAUCAUCUGGGUCAUAAACUCCAGGGGCUGGAAGGGAUGUCAGAAAGGUCCAGGCGUGCAGAAUUAGGCAUGGGCAGCACAAACCGCUCUAUGCAUGCAGCAUAAGUUUUAGAUGCAUUCAGGUCACUGAUCUUUACUGUCAUCAAGAUGUGCAAUUAUAGAUCUACCCAGGUUCAGAUGACAUGGUCCAGAGCUCAUAUAAAUGGCAGGAAAAAAUGAAUCCUUUAUAAUCCAUAGUAACUCACGAGUUGUUAUUCUUGCCAUCAGAGCAUUCACACCUAGGUGUCAAGUUGACGGUUCCUUUUCAUUAAGCCUCAAUGAUAUUAACACCUUUGUCCUUAGUGUGCGGAGCGUUUAUUGAUCUAGCCGUCAACAUGAUGAAAUGAUACGUGUUGGGUAAAAGAAAGCAAACAGAGUCAUACUACCUUACUUAGGAGUUACAGAACCCAUCCAUAAAAAGGGGAAUUUUUUUGAACAAAGAUAUAUGAGGUCCCAGGACUCUGGAUUUAAAGUGACUGAUCUGUCCUUGACAUUUUCACUUUUUCAAAAUGACACCUUUGCUUUUUCUUUGCUAGUCACUCAUCAGCAUCACCUGGGAGCGUGUUAGAAAUGCAGAAUCUUAAAUCACCUGAGACAGAUGGUUCGUGUGCACGUUAAAGUCUGAGGAGCACCAAACUAGGACACUUGUGACCAUUGCUAGGUCACUGUAGGCUCAGAGCAUCAUUAAGGGAUGUUCGUUCUAAGAAGACCAUCUCGACUCAUCAAGAAAAUCAUUCUGUAAUAAUAUGAUGUGUUCGUUUUACAUUGUUGCCUCCUGACCAUGGCUAUUUCUUUUAUUUUUAUGCUGGCAAGCACCAUCCUCUUUCCCAUGAUCCAUUAAAUAGGAACUUUAACCCUUUCAGUACUGUUAAAGAGAGCACUUUACUACCACUAACUAGCCCCUCUGACUGGUGAGAUGUUAUUAGUUGCCGCCAAGUCGGUUCUGACUCGUGGCAACCGUACAUGUUACAAAGAACUGUGCUCUAUUUUUCUUGGUUGUAAUAUUAACGGAAGCAGAUCACCAGAAAAAGUGGGCUUUUUCUUCCAUGGUAGCACUAGGUGGAUUUGAACUGCCAACCUUUAGGUUAGCCGUCUAAUGCAAACUAUUUGCACCACCUACAGACGUCAAUGUUCUAUAUCCCUCCAGUUUGUGGCAAUACUGUUUGCUUUUCCAUGCAGAAAUCCUACCAGCUCAAGCUCAGUUCAUGUUGCCCAAAACUUGCCAAGGCUGGGCAGAUCAGCUAGAUCCAAGGGAGAAGUUAGGUAGGAAGCCUGAGUUGGCAGUUAAUUCUCAGCUGCAUUCUCCAGUCCAGGUUUACCUGGGAUAAAGCUGAUCUUUUGUGUCUGCUGAUAUUAUGAUUCCUAUCGUAUUCCUGUCAGAACUCAUAGAGGGAAGGGCAGUCAGCCCUCUCAAACCCCAGUGACUACUUCUAAGAGUAGAGAAAGUUCAUGGUAGUUGCAAAAGAAAAAGUGCAAGACUGUUUCUUGAAUCUACUUGCAAGUCCAUUCUAAACCAUCUUCCUGUUAACAACUAAAGCAUUUCCUGCCUACCUGCUCUAAUAAUGAACCAAGCAAGUUCAGUUGGUAUCCCCAAUGACAUACAUUUCUUUCAUCCAUUUUGUAUUAGUUAUGAAAAUAUUUUAUAAUUAAUAGAGAACCUUGAGCAAAUAAAAAAAUCCAUUCAGUAAGUGCUUAGAACUAGACACUAUGAAUGCAAAAAGAGCAAGAUAAAAUCUUUGUAAAAUCAAAGAAAUUACAGUCAAGUAAUUUAGUCAAAUAUAAAACCAAAUAAUUGCAACAUGGUGAGGUAAAUGUUAUAUGUCUAAGGUGGAAAAGUAGAAAAGAGGUUGUGAUGUGAUCAACACUUUCAAAAGUGGGUAAGGGAAGACCAGAGAGGAGCAGAAACUUGAGUUAGGUCUUGAAAGAGAGAAAGGGUUCAGCUUGUAAGAGAUAAACAUUCCAGGUAGAAAAAAGAAUAACUAACAGAAGCAUUAAAAAAAUAAUAAUAACAACAGUUGUCAUCAAUUCCAAUUCAUGGUGACCCCGUGUGUGUCAGGACAGAACUGUGCUCCAUAGGGUUUUCAGUGGCUGAUUUUUUGAAGUAGAUCACCAGGCUUUUCUUCCAAGGCACCUCUGUGUGGACUCAAACUGCCAAUCUUUCACUUAGCAGCCUAGCAGUUACACCAUUUGCACCACCCAGGGACUCUUAAUAGAGGUAUGGAGGCAUGAAAACCCAUGAGUAUUCAAGAAUCUGUAAGUAAUUCAGUAUGGCUGGUAUGUAGGAUGCUUAUGACAGAACAAAGGGAGUUAAUACGGCAGAUGAAGUGAGGCAUAAAUCAUGGAAAUUCUGAUACAGCUGGCAAGGGACUUUUACUUGAGGGCAGAAGAGUGCAUUAAAAGGGAGUGAUGCAGUCAGAUUUGCCAUUCAGAAAUAUCACAAAGACAAAACAACCUUGUAGGGGCGAGAUCGAAGUGGGAGAAAUUGGAAGCACAGAUAUUAGCAAGGAGACUAUUGAAAUUGUCCAAGCAAAGAGCAUUUGAGCCUAGACUUUGCUAUCAGCAAUGAGAACGGGAGGAGGGUAAAGCUACUCAAGAGAAUUAGCUGUAAUCAGUGACCUAAUUAAGUAUGAGGGUAAGAGAGAGGGAACAAUACAAUAUGACUCCUGAGCUUCUGGAAUGGGUAAGCAGAUAAUAGCUCUAUUACCUAAAAUCAGGAAUAAAGGAGAAACAGGAGAUUUUAGGAAACAAUGAGAUGAGAAGUUGAGACAGUGUAAAUUUGUUGGACUUCUCCAAAUUGAGAAAUAAGAUCUGGGGCAAGAAUUUACCUACUCUGAGCCUCUUACCCCAUUUGUAAUAUGGAAAUCCCAUUAUUUGAGAGGACUAUAUAGUGUCUUCAUAAGUAAGUCUUCUCUUCCCCUCUCUUCCCUUCUCUUCCCUUCCAGUUCCUCCUUUCCUUUGUGAUCCAUUGAGGACUGAAUGAAGGCUCUUUAGCAUAGUUUAGCUAAAAAAAAGGAGGUAUUUAAACCAGUUCUACGUGUUUUGGAAAAAGAAAAAGAAGAAAGGGAGAAGAAAAAAAAUAAGAAUUUUAACAUUUUGAAAUAAGAAUCUGAGGUAACUUGUAAUAAAAUUCAGGGAGUAUGUAUUGUGUAACCUGAUAUGAAAAUAUAGUUAUACUCUAAAUUUUUAUUUUAAUGUAAUUACAUUUUUUGACAGUGAUUGUAUAUGUAAAUUAAAUUUCUUAAAAUUUACUCAGAAAAUUAAUCAGAACAUACCCAGAUGAAAGAAGGAAAUAAUUCUACCAGAAACGUGAUAUACAUAGUUGCUAAACUUGAACAUUAAAUCUAAAUCUGGGCUUCCUGGCAGCCAAUGUAAAAAAGGAAGCAAAUUAGAAUACAUGGCUCUCAUUUUUGAUAAGUUUUACUUUUUCAUAAGAAAACAUCCUUUCUUAGGCACCAAAUGAUGGAGAUGCCAUGGUAUCAAAAGUACAUAUCUCCUUCAAUAGAUGAUUCUGUUUUUACCUGCUUUCAAGUCUCUCCUGGAUUCAUGGAGACUUCACGCACAGCAGGAUCAGACUAUUUUGAUCCACAGGGUUUUCAAUGGCUGAUUUUUCAGAGGCAGAUCACCAGGCCUUUCUUUCUAGUCCAGCUUAGUCCGGAUGCUCCCCCAUAAUCUGUUCAGCAUAAUAGCAACAUUCAAGCUUCCAGUGACAGAUGGGUGUGGCUAUGCGUGAGGUACGUUUGACCAGGAAUAGAACUUGGGUCUCCCACAUGGAAGAUAAGAAUUCUACCACUGAACCAUCAAUGCCUCCAGAUUCCUCUUAGCAGGUGCUAUUUGUCUGGUGUUGACCCUGUUGCCCCUUGAGGGAUGAAAACAAAUUAGGAACUAAAGAAAGGGUCAUUUGAAUCUAGGAGUGAGUAUAGGGAGAGAGCGAUAAAAGAACCAGAAAAGGAGUCCUAAGUAAAGCCAUGAAGGAAGGCUUGAUCAGAAAAGAAAAGUAGGAACUGCAGGGGUGUUUUCAGGACUAGAGGAGGUGCUGGGCAAAGGGAAUAGAACAAGGGCCAGGAGACCUAUGGAAUGGAAUUCAGGUAAACUUUUAUUCAGCAAUCACUAGGUACCAUGCACAAGGAUAUAAAAAUAAAUAAGAAGUAGACCCUGCCUUCAAGGAGCUUACAGUCUAGAACAAGAAACAAAGACAAAUAAAUGCAAUGCAUGGCUAAAAGGACCAUAAUGUACAAAAUACUGAGGUAGGGCAUGGAAAAGAGGUGACGUGCGCUGCCUGGAGAAGUGAUGGAGAGAGUUGGAAGAAUGAGCAGGCAUUCUUCAAGUGACAAGAGAAAGAAGGCCUCUGAUGCAUUUUUGCCAAAGUCAUUCCCCAUCCAUCCUUUGGGUCACACUUCAGUGACUACUUCCUCUGAAAAACUUUUCCUGGACAUUUAAGUUUUUUGUGCUCCCAUAGCCACCUCUAGUUGCCCUGUAUUAUAAUUUGAGUGUUUCACUGUCUUCUUACAAGCUGUGACCUCCAUGCAAGGAGGAACCAGGCCAAUAGUUUUCACCACUAUAGUACCAUUCCUCUAGCACAGUACCAGGUACUUAGGUGUACUCUGUAAAUAAUUUCUAAAUGGAUUGAUAAAGGGCAUUUCAGGAAGAGGUAACAGCAUGAAGAAUUGUUGUUGUUGUUAGGUGCCCUUGAGGUGGUUCCAACUCAUAGUGACCCUAUGUACAACAGAACAAAACACUGCCCAGUCCUGCGCCAUCCUCACAAUCAUUGCUAUGUUGGAACCCAUUGUUGCAGCCAUUGUAUCCAUCCAUUUCAUUGAGGGUCUUCCUGUUUUUCAAUCACCCUCUACCAAGCAUGAUGUUUUUCUCCAGGGACUGCUUCCUUCUAAUCACAUGUCCAAGGUACAGAAGACAAAGUCGUGCCACCCUCGCUUCUAAGGAGCAUUCUGGCCGUGCUGCUUCCAAGACAGAUUUGUUCACUUUUCUGGCAGUCCAUGGAGAAGGAAUGCUUAUUAUUCUUCGCUACACCAUAAUUCAAAGGCAUCACUUCUUUUUCGGUCUUCCUUAUUCAUUGUCCAGCUUUUUCAUGCAUACGAGGCAAUUGAAAAUACCAUGACUUGGAUCAGGUGCACCCUAAUCCUCAAGGUGACAUCUUUGCUUUUCAACACAAGAGGUCUUUCGCAGUAGAUUUGCUCAGUGCAAUAUGUCAUUUGAUUUCUCGACUGCUGCUUCCAUGGGUGAUGAUUGUGGAUCCUAGUAAAAUGAAAUUCUUAACAACUUCAAUCUUUUCUCUGUUUAUCAUGAUGCUGCUUAUUGGUCCAGUUGUGAGGAUUUUUGUUUUAUGUUGAUGUGUAAUCUCUACUGAAGGCUAUGGUCUUUGAUCUUCAUCAGUAAGUGCUUCAAGCCUUUGCUUUCAGCAAGCAAGGUUGUGUCAACUGUAUAAUGCAGGUUGUUAAUGAUACUUCCUCCAAUCCUGAUGCUGCAUUCUUCUUCAUAUAGCCUGGCUUCUCAGAUAAUUUGCUCAUCCUACAAAUGGAAUAAGUAUGAUGAAAUGAUAACCCUGAUGCACACCUUUUCUGGUUUUAAACCAUUCAGUAUCCACUUGUUCUGUUCCUAUGACUGAAAAGUAUAGUUAUUAAAAUUAAAAAUGCAGUGACAGAUUAAAUGCAGAUUACACACAACUAAAGAGAGAUUUAAUAAGCUGAAAGAUAGAUCUGAGAAAAUUUCCCAGAAGACAGCACAGAAAAAUAAGAGAUGAAAAACCUGAAGGUUAAAAAGCCUGGAGGAAAGGACCUCAAUAGAAGCUGCUAUGAAAGAGAAAAUAUUGAAUGGUGAAAAUGCAGUAUUUUAAGAAACAAAGGCUGAUGAUGAGUUUCCAGAAACACACGAAUCCUACACUUAGGAAAUAUAAAAAGUCCCAAGCAGGAUAAAUAAAUCUACAUUGAUAAAUAUCAUAGUGUAACUGCAAAAAACCAAAGACAAAAAUAAUAUAUUAAACAUCUAGAGAGACAGGAAAGAUUACCUUCAAAGAAACAAUUAGACUAACAGCUGUUAUCUCGGCAGCAACAGUAGAGAAGUGUUUCUGAACAUUUGCAUGUCACAGCAUACAUUGAAAAUUAUAAUACCUAUACAACACAAUGGGGUAAACAGGUGAGGCCUCAUUAACAGGAGGUCAGAGCCUGAGCCCUGCCCUAACACUCAGAUGGCAGAGGGAUUGAUACGUCUGCGUGCCAGUGACCCAUCCUCAGCACACCAGUACGAUAUGCUGCAGUAUCAGUUGAGAAGCUCCAAAACAGAAGCCUGGAGAUAAUAGGAUGACAUUUUCAUAGCACUGAGACAAAAUAAUUAUAAACUAGAAUGCCAUUCCCAAUUAAACUAUCACUUACAGGCCAUGUUUAAAGAACAACUAAACAAUACGUACUUCAGGAAGAAGGAAAAGAAACCUGAAUGGACAAAAUGAUAUGCAAAAUUCUUAAAAAGUGAGAAAAAAAAUGAAUAUUUUUGUAGGCAAAUUUAAACAAGAAGUGGCUGUAAAAAAACAACAAUAAAACUAAUUUAAGAUGUAUAAAAGCAGUGUGGAACUAAAAUACAGAACAAGAAUGUAGUGUAAAAUGGAACAGCUUAAUGUAAGUUAAAGCUCUGUCAAAAUAUCUGUCAAAUUGGCUAGGUCAUGAUUCCCAGUAUUCUUUAGAAGUUUAUACAUAUUGAUAAUCUUUAGACUUUAUACUAAAUAUAUGUUAAAAAUUUGGCACUAAAAUAGAUAUGAAAUGUGUGACUUUCCUACCAAUAAAAGGAAAAAGUACAAUAAAUCAAAUCAUAUUAAUUUGCUAAUAAAUAAAAGGAGCAAAAAAAAAGUAUACUCAAAUUGAAAAGGUGAAAAGGAAACAAAUAGGCAAUUAACAAAAUGUAAAUAUAAAUGGCAAAGUAAUGAUAAAAUAUUCAGUCACAAAAACUUACAGAAAUACACACUAAAAUGAGAUACUUUUUUUGUCUAUCAAAUUGGCAAAUGGUUAGAUGAUAAAGAAUUAUUUCCCUUAAUAUAAAAAGUGUUCUUACAAAUCAAUAAGAAAAAUAUCAAUCCUUUCAAAGAAUUUGGGUAGGAGCAAGUAAAUCCUCAAAGAACUAUAAAUAUUCAAUAAAUGAAGAUAAAUGUUUAAGUUCACAAUUUUAAAAGGUAGAAUUUCUAAAAAUUCUAUUUCAAGGUAGAAUUUUGUCUAGAAAAUUAAAAACCAAAAGCAAAAACAAAUUCAACGAUCAUAAGAGGGUAAAUAAAUGGGAUCUUAUGGUUUCUCUGGGGAAUAUUUUGGUAAUUUAGACCCAAAGUUUUAAAACUGUCAUUGACUAUUGACCUUGAAAUUCUACUCAUAAAACAGAGCUGCUCUGUUUUACCUGUUUUACAUGCUAAGCUUUUGUGUGUGACUUUGUUUAAGAAAGGAUUCCAGGGUUUAAAAAUAAUUUUUUUAAAUCUCAGAGUUAAAUAAAUUAUAGGACAUCCAUUUAUACCAUGGCAUAAAAAAAAAAAAAAACCAAACCCAUA